AUGGUCUUCUCAAACCUCUUACUCGCGGGUCGUAACCUGACCAGAAGACUCUGGAGCAAGGCAUCCUCACUUUGUCGUCAUGCAGCCUUUGGCUUCAACUGGUUUGCACACAAUUUCUCGGACCUGGUUAAGAAAGCCUUGAAAUUUUUCUUGCGUCCCGGAGUCAUUGGCGUUGUCGCUUUCGCUGUUGCUCUGGGAGUCCUGUUGGGUCUUGGUUUUGGAACUGCUGGAAUCGCUGCGUGUUCAUUCCUCUUUCUCUGUUCCUCAGGUAAGGUGCAAGUGGCUGAUUUUGAGUCACUAUUCGCAGGCUCUGCCGCCGCGGCUUUUCAGUUCUUUGCUUACGGCGCGUUUACUCCGGCUGGUGGUAUCUUUCCGGGUUUGACGAGUAUAGUGAUGACGGGUUGUACCCUUCUUUUGCUGUGGUUUCUGUUGCUGUUGUUGGAAUGGUUGUUGCGGUUGUCGUGA